GUGUUAGAGAGCAAUGUGAGAUAUAUCACAUACUAUAGUUUUUGAGGAAAAAUAUAGUGUGAGCAGUAUUAUCUUAAGGUGGAAAACUCAAAAGAGUGUUCUUUCUUUUGAGUGUGUAGUGGCCUCUUGAGUAUUGUGCACGGGACUACCAGUGUAAAAUUCCUUACUAUAGUGGAUUUCUUUGCUUCUCUUGGCCCGUGGUUUUUCCCCUUAUUCAGAAGGGUUUCCAAGUAAAAUUUUUGGUAUCAUUAUUGCUCUUUUUGUUCUUGUUAAUUAAUAGUAUUUAUGUGUGCCGCUUAUAUCAUAUACCGUAUAUACCGUGAAUAUUAUUUUUAUGGACCCUGUUUAUUCCCAACAACAACUAGGGGCUCGUAGCAGCUAAAUGUUCGAUUCAAUCUCGCUAAGCAUUAGGGGGGCCAUCUGCAUUUUUGGCUUCUGUGAUGAGCCAAUGGCAGGGUAGUCUCCACUCUUCUCCAAGGAACUUAGCCACUGUCUCUCAUUUUCACUGAUUUUAUGAGUAUUUGGGUUUGACUCUUGAUGGAUUGUAAUGCUGAAUUCAUCUUGAUUAUCAGCAACUUUUGCAUCGCCGAUGCUCCUACCUUGUUCUCUAGUAAUCAUUGUUCCUUUAGCAGAUUGUUUGUCCAUCUAAUUUUGUGAAACCUUCUCAAAUCUAUCUUGAUAGUACUUGAAAUUUCUUGAACGUGUUUAUAUUCGUUUAAACUAAAAUUGCGAAUUAGUAUUUUAAUAUUUUCCAAAUAUUUUUUGGCGAUUCUAAUUUUUUAAUAUUAUUUGUUUUAUUAGGACUAAUGUCUAUUUCUGGAGUUACUUUCUUUUUCUCUUUUGUAAUUCUUUCUAUUUGAUUUUUGAUUGUACUUGUUCUAUCAGUCAAAUCCUUCAUUUUGGUUUCUAUCAGUGAAGAAUCUGGCCAAUUUCCAGAUUCAAUUUGACUUUAGGCCAGGUGAUUUCUCUUCAUUGUCAAGUCAGGUAUUUUCACACCAGAUACAUUUUCUGGUGCUCAGUAUUAAAAAAUAAAACAGAAUAGGAUUACACAUAAAGAAAGAUAAUUUAAUUAUAUACCUACCUGCUAAUAAGAAACAUUAGACAUGGAUAAAGAGAAAAAGUGCAAGGUUCUCCAUCUUUGAUCAUCCAAGUGAUCAGCAAGUUUCGAGCUCUCACUUUAAUUCCUGGAAUCUGUUGCAGACCUAAAAAUAAGUAAAGAUGCACUAUCUCUAAUCAUUAUCACUAAUCCCUGGAUUACUAAUCUCCAAAUUAUAAUCCUUGCAUAAUUUAUAAUCCUUGCAUAAUUUUUUAUGAAUCAAAUGACUACUAACCCUGCAAAGUCAAAUUCUUCAAUGUUAGUUCCAAUUAUCUAUGCUUUUCUGAUACUUAGAGUAAAAUGAUAGGUAACCUAUAGGAUCUUUUGAGUUUACUUACUAUAUUUCAUCUGAUAUCAAGUCUUGUAUAUUCCUAUAUCUGCAAUUUAUGCUUUUGUUCUAUAAUAGGUUAUAACUCAUGAUGCUUUUAGUGUAAGAACUAAAAAAACUCAGCAUGACAUUUUUGUGUUCCUUAUUCUCGAAAAUCCUGAUAUUACAUAGACUGAAGUAUCAGCCAAUUUUCACUUAAACAUUGGAUUGAAAGAGCCACCCAGAAGUCUAAUCUCCUUUAAAUUAAUAAGUUUCCACAGUCUGAUUUGAUAUCAAAUUUAGUUGUGUAAACUAUCACAUCUUAGAACUUAAGCAAUUAGAGAUGGGCCAUCUUUAUUUAUUUAUUGGUAACUUUGAUGAUCAAAGAUGGAUAAUCCUUGCACUUAUUCCCUUUUUUUCAUGACUAAUAUUUCUUAGCAGGCAGGGAAAGAAUUGAACUAAAUGUUCUUUCUCUGUAUCUAAUCCUAUAUAUAUAUAUUUUUAUUUUUAUUUUACAAAAGAGAGCUGAAAAGUGUAUCUGGUUAGUAAUAAGAAUGUGCAAAAUACCUAACUUGACAAUGAAGAAAAAUCACCUGGGCCAAAGUAAAAGUAAAUAUUAAAAUACUAGUCCAAUGCUUCAGUUUAAACAAAUAUAAACAUGCUCAAGAAAUGUCAAUUACUAUCAAGAUUGUGCUCCAUAAUUUGAGGAGGUUUCACAAAAUUAGAUGGACAAACAAUCUGCUAAAGGAACAAUGGUCACUAGAGAAGAAGGUAGGAGCAUCGGCAGUGAAAAAUUUGCUGAUGAAUGCAGCAUCACAAUUCAUCGAGAUUCAAACCCAAAUUCUCAUGAAAUCAGUGAAAAUGAGAGACAGUGGCUAUGUUCCUUGGAGAAGAGCAGAGGGUACAUUGGCUCAUCGCAGAAGCCAAAAAUUCAAAUGGCCCCAAAAAUGCAUCGCGAGAUUGAAUCAAACAUAAGGUGUUAUGAGCCCCUUGUGGUUUCAAUCGGUCCAUUUCACCAUGGUAAAUUAAAGUUUCAGCCUAUGGAGAAGUACAAGGAGCUACUCGCAAUUCAGUUUGCUGAUCAAGAUAGUACCAAAGAAAGACCUGAAGGGGACUUGCCAUGGCUUUCGACAAAUUCAGUGUCCAUUGUGGAGCUUUACAAAAAGGUCAAGAACAUUAUGCCUAAUGUCAGGGAGUGUUAUGCUGAUGCAUUGAUUAAAGAUUACAGCGAUGAGGAGUUUUCACAGAUGAUGUUCCUGGAUGGAUGCUUUAUCCUCCAAUACUUUUACUGCAUUGUCACUGGCAAUUAUAAAGAACUGAAAAUGAAGAGCCACGAUAUAGCCUUCAUUCGUCGUGAUCUUUUCUUACUUGAAAAUCAGUUACCAUUUGAAGUCUUGCAGGUGUUAAUGAGCUGUAAGUUCAAAGAUAAUGAAGGAAUGGAGAUGAUUAAAACGUUCAUCUCGAGUGCACAUAAAAAGCCUCCUCAAGGUCACGGAUUCAUUCAAAGUAUCAAGGAUUUCUUUCUUGAUUUCUUUGAGGGAAUUCUCUUUUUUGGCAAGAUUUGUGAAGGAGAAGGGCCUUCCCUUACCAAACAAAAAAGCAUGAAAAACCCGCUUCCUGCUCAUCUCCUCGAGCUACUAAGAACACAUCACAUAGAUCCAAAUGCUUUCUUAGAAGGUGGAUGCUAUCUAAGGGGUGACUGGUGCUCAUAUCGUUCUGCCAAGGAGCUGCGGAGAGCAGGAAUCCGUUUCAGGCCUGGAAAGAGUAGUCGUCUUUCAGACAUUAAGUUCAAUUCAUUUCACUGCUCAGCUCUUUUAACAAUUCCUCCAAUAACCAUAGAUGAUUCAACCAAGUCAGAGUUUUUAAACUUGGUUGCAUAUGAGGCAUGCCCUGAUACACCAGAUGACUUUGGCGUUACAUCUUAUCUUUGCUUCAUGGAUUCACUAAUUGAUCAUGCUGAAGAUGUGAAGAUAUUGAGAUCCAAAGGUAUACUUCUUAACUUUCUUGGUAGUGACCAAGAAGUUGCAGAUCUCUUCAAUGAGAUAGCAAGAAAUUUGGUGCCUAAUCCACAUGCCUAUGUUGAUGUGAAAGACAAAAUUGAGAAACAUCACAUUAGCAAAGGGAAAAUAUGGAUUGCUGAGUGGAAGAACACUCAUUUCACUACCCCAUGGACUGUUUUUGCACUUAUUGCAGCAAUUUUUGUCAUUGGCUUGCAAGUCACCGAUACAUUUCUAGCAGGCAUCCAAACCUAUUAUCAAGUCCACCAAAAACAAAGCUAGUAUUGAUAGGAUUCAAAAUCAACCAGUUGUUUUUUUUUUUUUUUUUUUUUUUUUUGCUGCAGGAAUUCUCAAGUAUCAUGUUUGUUGCAUUCAUCUUCUUUUUCUUUGCCUUGUUUUAUUAUAUGUUCUCUACAGCAGUCAAAAUUUGAUUGUACUACUAUAUUUUAAAUGCCAAGUCAAUGUAAUUAAUACUCGAUUUAUUAUAUUUGCUUUUCAUUGUAUGAGAAAAGUGUUGGAUCUUUAUAGAUCAUAAAAACCUGAGGCACUUAAUGACACAAAAUGCUAGUAGUUGUUAUUCGAUCUUGGGAAAUCCAAAAUCUCGUGGGCAUCCUUUGGGCCGACUCCUAGUUGGAUAUGAUUCGUUUUUAAAAUGUG